AUGGCCCAGCAGAGCAUGAAAAUGCGCCCAGUGCUGCUGAAAAGGAACAGCCUGGAUUCAGCAGAUUUUAGGAGACAGCCCCAGCACCGCAGGACCAAAUCCCAGCAAGUUCGAUUCAAGGAUGAUGGAGUCAACACCAAGACAGACCUGGAUGCUAAUCCUGUCCGAGAUACAACACUCACAGCUGGAAAAACAGAAGUAUUUAGGGAUCACAAUUUUUUGCUAGCUCAGUCUCCAACUUUUCCAAGGGCUCAAAAGGGGCUUCGGAAUAUUGCCAUACAAACAUCUCCUAGCCUCAGGAAACACUUCCCAGUUUUUAAAAAGAAAAAGCUGACAGGAAGCAAAUCGUUAACAGAAAUGCCAACAGAGCCUGCAAAUUCUAUCCAGGUAAAUGGCAAUCUUUGUGAACAAGACAUUAUGUCUGCAGAUCUCUGUUACUUGAGAAUAACUAACCAUUUGGAGGAUGGAUGUAGGAAUAGCGAGGUGGACAGUCAGUUAAAUCAAAGAUCAUCAAAAGCACAAAGCAAUGGACCUAUCUGUUCAGAUGAUUUCUCACUAUCAGAGAAGACAACUGCGUCUACACAGGUGCCUGAAUACAUACAUGUGAGUUUUCCACAAGACAGAAAUGUUUCCAUGGAUGCAGGAGACACCACCAUAAACUCAAGUAAUUCACUGCAUUCUUCUACUGUCAUCAACAGCAACGAGAGCAAUGAAAACAGCACACUGUCAUCUGAUUCUGAAAGAGCAGAGCCUUUCCCAAACAAUUCCCCAAACUGUAGUGAAUGUAAUCCCUGUUCUGCUGCUUGUGAAGCAGAGAAAAGUGAUUCUGAGCUACUUGCAGCCAGCAAAGAUGCAAGCAGUAAGGAAACUACUCCAUUGUCACCUCCAUCAAAUCACAGUUCAUCUCCUUGUUUCCUCAGAGACUGUCACCAGGCAGGAGAGCACAAACCAGAUUCUACCUGCAUGACCUUACCAGAUGAGGCUCACACAAUAACGUCAUUGACCAGCAGCAAUUCAUCAAAACCUAUUCUGUCAUGUAAUACAGAAAUCGAGAAAAAUUCUACUCAGUCAGAUGUCUCCCAGUGUAACAGCUGUUUAGAAGGAUUUCACAUAAAGUCCUGUCCACCAAGGAAUGAAAUCAAACCGCAAACCAACAAAGAUGUUAGCGAAGUAAAUCAAAUUCACUUGGCACAUGGUGAACUCUGUGCCCUCCAAGGCAGGCUGCAGUCUGUAGAGGAAUCUUUGCAGUCAAACCAGGAGAAGAUUAAAGUCCUUUUGAAUGUAAUCCAAGACCUGGAAAAAUCCAGAGCGCUCAGUGAGGGACGUAACUUCUAUCACACCGGUCAAGACCUCAACAACUGCAGCACCUGCCAGAACACAGCAUGCAUCAUUUACAGUGUAGAAUAUGACUUCAGACAACAAGAAGGAAGAUUUCAUCAGAUUUUGAAAACACUGGAUCAUGCAGAGGAAAAUCCAGCCUCAGCUUCACCUCAGAAUCCACCACCUGAUCCUCCAGCUCCCGAAAAAAAGGAGUUAAGGAGAAAAACAAAAAAGGUGAAAAGAAAAUGCUUCUGGUGGAUUUGA